AUGUCUGACUAUCGUGGCGAGCCCAAGUUCGAGCGCAAGCCCAGCCACCUGCCCCCCAGCUUCAACAGCUACCGAGACAUGUUUAUUGCUGCAAUAGAGGCUCAUGGCCUCGUAUAUGCCGAUAUCCAGGUAGCCGUUCACACGAACCACACCCAGGAGGCUGAGAAGCGCCUGGGUGGAGAACCCGGACUUUUGGAAAGCUUUCAGAUAAGGGACAUCCCCACCUUGGGAUAUCUAGCAAAGGGCUCCUUCCAAGUGAACUACUAUCGCAAUGGUAGCGUUGUCAUCCAUUCCACAUCUGGGAUUGUGGAGGGUCUGACAUCCGGAAUGGGCAAGAGAUAUCAUCACCCCGGUUUCAAGGUGACCUUCGACAUGUACAAGCAUAAAAAAGAAGAGCUUACCAAAGGGGAUUACCAAGACAUGGCUACUGAGACUGCUGAUUAUUGGGCCGCAUCUGGUACCGCCAGCAAUGCAGAAUAUAUUGGGUAUGAGGCGGAGGCGGAGGGGGAGAGGGAGAAGGUGAACCUCUACAUCAAAAUUAUCCCGGAGGUCCCUCAAAAUAUUGAGGGGAAAUGA